ACUCGGCACUGAACCGACCGCAGGAACGGGGACCUCAGUCACGCGCGCUCAAGAAACAUCGUAAAAACCGAACCGUUUCCCCGGCGGCCCCUGAAACGGGAACACGGUUUGAUCCCCUUAGUCACGUGGUCGAAGGUAUUUCCGUUCCGAAAUGCUUUUUAAACCAGAAGGGAAUUUCAACGCGCUGUGUAAAAGGACGGAGUGGGAGUCGCAGUGAUAUAAACUGAACAGCAGGGGGCGCCGCGUGACCCGUUUUCCACUCAAUGACGUCAGGGGCAUUUCCAAAAUGGCUGCAAUUCAGGGCCGGAGCAGAACUACCGGUUUUAACCUGGAAAGUGUUGGUUAUUUGGGUGGUAUCGGAUUAGACAGGGAUUAUUUCCGUUAAGACAUACGGCACGGUUCAUGUUUCAGCAUUCAGGGGGAAAAAAAUUUCCGACAUGCUAUGUGAAGAGGAGGAAGUGCUCAGUGUGCUAGCUGUGCAGCUAGCUCGGUACUGGUGUUCGGGAGCUGAGUGAAGACUGGGCGGAAAUGGACUUGUGUCGGGGAUGGUUUAAUUAGAGCGGGGGUAGAAUAAAGCGAGCGCUUGACUGCCGAGGCGUGUCGGAGAUCAGUGGCACCGGGCUGGGUCGUUCAUGCCGCCAUUAACGGACUCGCCGAGUCACCGAGCGAGCUGAUGGUCGCGUCAGCCGAGGAAGGCAGACCAGCACCCUCCACCGCUCAUGUUACGGAUAACCGAGGCGAAAUGGACGGACCGGACCCACAGGGGGACAACUUCCGGCACGGCGACGGAAAUGAGAGCGACCAGGACCGUGCGUUACCACGUUACACCGGCUCAACCAAUCAGUGCGUCGCAAUCAAGCUCCCGAACGGUCACGUGAGCUGCGCGUGCGAUGCCCGUGACCCGUCGCAAAACUGCUCGUGCCCUGAAUCAGGUGGUGAGGCGGUACCGAAUGGCGAACUGUUGUCAGAUGCUGAUGCACCAUCUACCAGUUCCAUCUGGCGUGCUUCGAGACCACAACGAGGUGGAGGUGGUGGUGAUGAUGAUGAUGAUGAUGAUCCCAGGUCAGGUCACAGGUCAUCGUCGUUGUCGUCGUCCAGCUCGGACGCUGUCAACAGGACCCGGGAAUCGGAAACGGUCUCGAACGACUGCUUAUCCGAAGCUGAGCCGCAGUGCUCCUCACAGACUCUCUCGAGCCCUGAAGACAGCGAGUCCUGCCCCGACCCGGCGUUCGUCGACGUGAACCUGAGCUCGAGGAACACGUACGAAAUCAGCCGGCGCCAGAGCGCCCCGGACAACGUGGCCGACGUUACCGAACCGGCCCUCAGACAGAAGAAACACGGGAUCUCCGAGAUCUUCGGCAGGGGCCUGUUCUCCAGAAAGCAGAAAGAGUCUGCAAGUGCUCCUGGCUGGAAGCUGUUUGGGAAGGUCCCACCAAGAGAGAUCCCUCCCAAAGACUCCAAAACCAUCCAGCAGGAGAAUAACCCAGGCAGUCUCACAUCUGUUUCAACUCCCAAUCUCUUAAGCGCAGGGGAAUAUGAGGCUAAGGCUGGCAAAGGAGCCCAUAGCCCAUCCCAACCUUCUCAAGGACGACGUAAGAAUCUGGAGUUUGAACCACUGUCCACCACAGCACUCAUAUUAGAAGACCGGCCAGCUAACCUUCCCGCUAAACCCGAGGAGGAAGCUCAGCGCCACCGGCAAGAAUACGAUGAAAUGGUGGCUGAGGCCAAGAGGAGAGAGCUGAAGGAGGCCCAGAAAAAGAAGCAGCAGAUGAAGGAGCGCUUCAAGCAGGAGGACAGCAUCGUUAACGCCAUGGUGGUGUGGAACACGGAGAUCCUGCCCAACUGGGACAGCAUGCGCAGUACACGCAGGGUUAAAGAUCUGUGGUGGCAAGGUCUUCCACCCAACGUCCGUGGCAAAGUGUGGAGCCUCGCCGUCGGCAACGAGCUCAACAUCACCCCAGAGCUGUACGAGAUCUUUCUCUCCCGGGCUAAGGAGCGUUGGAGGAGCUUCAGAGAGACGGGCAGCGAAGUCGAGGCAGAGGCGGACAGCGGAGCGUCACUGGCGGAUCGGGAAUCCAGCCUGGAUCUGAUCAAGCUCGACAUUUCGCGCACCUUCCCCUCCCUCUUCAUCUUCCAGAAGGGAGGGCCAUACCACGAUCUCCUGCACAGCGUGCUCGGAGCGUACACCUGCUACCGGCCUGACGUAGGAUAUGUGCAGGGCAUGUCGUUCAUCGCUGCCGUGUUGAUCCUGAACCUGGAGGAGGCCGACGCCUUCAUCGCCUUCGCCAACCUCCUGAAUAAGCCCUGUCAGAUGGCUUUCUUCAGAGUGGACCACGAACUGAUGCUGAAGUACUUCGCAGCAUUCGAGGUGUUCUUCGAGGAAAACCUUCCCAGGUUGUUCAGUCACUUCCAAAGCUCCAACCUCACUCCAGACCUCUACCUGAUCGACUGGAUUUUCACACUCUACAGCAAGUCCCUACCUUUGGACGUGGCGUGCCGCGUGUGGGACGUGUUCUGCAGAGAUGGAGAAGAGUUCCUGUUCCGGACAGCUCUGGGGAUCCUGCGCUUGUACGAGGACGUGCUCCUGCACAUGGACUUCAUCCACAUGGCCCAAUUCCUCACGCGCCUGCCCGAGCACGUCCCCGCCGAGCGCCUCUUCAGCGCCAUCCACAACACACACAUGACCAGCAGCAACCGCAAAUGGGCCCAGGUCUUCAGUGCACUAAUGAAGGACAAAGAAUCAGACAAAAGUGGCAGCCCUACUCUGAAAAGCUCCUGACGCCUCCACGCGACACCUCGAUCUUCCGUCUUUGUGUCGUCUUUCCUUCUGAAGUUGUAAUAACGCCUGAGGAACGAGUGAAAGAAAGGUCAGGAGCCAGGAUGUAGACUGAUGUAGCACUGGUUCUCUCUGAAACGAUCUGCAGUAUUACAGAUAUGGCUAGGAAUUAGAUGUAGGUAUAAAUGUGCAACGGGUCCUAAGUCUCUGGAAAGAAACACCUCAUGGGUUUCCAUACAAGACACACACACACACACACACACACACACACACACACACUUCCUCCUGAAGAAUACUGUUCCACCACCAGCACGUUGAUUUUGCUCUGAAAUGUUCCCAGUGCAUCAUAAUAUAAUAACACGGACCAUCGCGGACGGCUGUCGGCCGCGUCGCACGCUUUCACCGCUUUCUCCCUCUAACGGUUUUAACAUGUUGCACUUAAAGCUGUGAUGUACAUGAAGGAUAUCCUUAACACUACUCUUAAACAGAGCUUCAGGACUAGAAGGAUGUAUGUGUUUGGGUUUUUUUUUUUUUUUUUUUAAAAAAAGAGGAGUAUUUUUGUCCAAGCUGACUUUGACCAAAACCUCUAUGAAGUGCAAUGAAGGUUUGAAAAAGCAGUGAAUAUGAAACUUUGCAUGUUUGUCGCAGUCGGCUUUUCAUCUCACAAGAUUAGCCUGGUUACGGGACGCGGGUUUUUUUUUUUUUUUUUCUUUUUCUUUUUGAUCCACACGAGCGUGCAGUGCUUCAGCUGUGACCACGUUGCUCAAAAAAAAAAAAAGACACUAAAUUAUCAAAGCGCUCAAAUGUAUGCUUAAGUGAAAAGGUCCUGUCUUAAUAUACAUAUUCUGUCCAUUUCUGUCUUUUAAUAUACGACCAAAUGUAUCUGCUCUGUCGUGGGAUUUAACUCCAGUGUAUUUUGUCUCUCGGGGUAGGGGUGGGGGUUUACUAAAGGCUUUGAAUGUUCUGUGCCGCAUCUCGGAUUCAUGAUUUUUAAAAAAGGUAUAUAUACGUUACGUUUUAAUUCUGACUUUCUUUUCUACUCACUCCCUGCUAUUGUACAGUUUUCAUACUCGGUGAUGAAGAAUUGUAAAUAUGUGAUGAAGUGGACACCACUAAAAUUAGAGCACAUGUAAAUAAACCCGAGAGUGGAAAUGUGA